AUGCCUGCAACUCUGUACCCCACCCUUAUCAUGCACGUACAUGACUCUUGCCAGUAUGGUGAAAAUGGGCACAUCAUUACGGUGUCUGAGAUGCAGAUCGAUGUUGACGUCCUCAAAGUUGUCCUUAAUGGGCCAACCACUGUGGACAUGAUGUUUAUGUUGUGUGGAGGUCUCAGUACUUUCUAUCCUGACCUCACUCUCAAUCACACAGCUGUGAGGAGCCAGAAUGGUCAGAAAAUCGCGCCUGACCAUUCUGGAUACCUGAUGGUAGAAUGGGACUGUCGGUAUGAAUUCAUGUCGUUCCUGUAUGACAAUCACACCAAGUGGAGGCUGGACGUCAAUUGUUUCAACGAGCGAUGCAAUUUUCAUCUGCAGGCAACAUUCACUAAUGAAGAUCACUACCCUCAUAUAUUUCAAGGGCUGCUUUAUGCAACGGCCUGCACUCAGCCUUAUUUAGUUCCCGUGCCUAUCCAAAAUGGUGUUAUCACUUUGUGCACAUUACAAGAGCUCAAAGUCAACUACUGGGUGCAUCAGCGGGCCUUCAGUGCCACCACUGCAUGCCGGUGUCAUGCAUGGCAUAUUCAGCCAACAGACUUUCUUUUCAGCCACCAAGCAUGUUUUAAGAAGGCUGAUUCAGCACACCAAAUGGCAUUGUUUGCUGACUCAACACACCAAAUGGCAUUGUUAGGCCUCCAAAAGGUAUAUAAGGAGCCCAAUUUUGCCAUGUAA